GGUGGGUAGGGCAAGGGUAGGGUAGAUAUGGAGUAGGAGUAUGCAUGUAGGGGCGAGGCGACUGUCUGUCUGUGUAUCUAUGUGCCUCUCUUUGUGGAAUGUUGCGCGUGCGGAAAGGCGGAGGGCGACGCGUGGAAGGCCCAAAGACUCCCAAAGCGCCCAAGGGCUUUCUCGCUCGGUCUCGGACAGAAGGCCCUAAGAUCGCUUGCCGCCAGCGCAGGUGCCGCAUCCCUCACGCCGAGCAGACGCACAAAUGAAGAAACCAGCCCACAUCCAGGCAAAAGAGGCCGCUGCCGCCUGGGACGCCUUCUUCGCCACCAUGACUCAGGCCGACCCGCCAGCGAGUCCAUCACCAGCGGAGACGCCACGAUCGACUCGUCGGGGACAGCAGAAAAAACUUGCAGGUCCCGAAACGGGCGCACAACCCCGCUCCGUCCCAUCCUCGCCGGGUGUCACCCUCACCACCAUCCCCCCACCAGCCUCAAAAAGAAAACACAGCACCGACACCCACCCCCCGACGCCGCCUGAAGAAGCCAGGAGAGCGAGUGCGACGCGGAUAUGCACGAAAGCUGCGUCGAUUGAAGUGAUCGAGAUCCUCUCCUCCGACGACGCAUCGGACGUCGCGGCAUCACAGGCGAACAACGCAAACCCUCAGUCACAAUCCGCACACCCACCUCCCAAAAACCCCCCAAUCCCCGUCCCAUCAACCCCGCCGAUCGCACCCGCCGAAGGACGGCUGUACCCCGAUCCAUGGGACGUAGACGACGUACCGCCAAGACUGGACGCACCAGCACGGUCUCCGGACACCUCACCAGGACCCUUGACCGACCCUCGUCCGCGGACCCACCACCGGGGGGGUAGGACGUCGCUGGAGUCAUUGUCGCCAGUCUCAUCAGAGUACUAUUCGCUCUCUGACCGCUCCCACAGCCCGGCAUCACCACCCACCCAAACACAUGGCGCCUCCAAAAACGCGACCAUCACCGACCCUCUCGACACCCUCGCCGACCACUUUAAUGCCAUGCGCGUGCAAUUACCGCCUCAUGUCCCGGAUGACUGCCGAGAGCCCGCCGCAGAUGUCAUACAAAGCCCCACGAGAUCGCACUCAUCCGACCCGUUCGACAGUGACGGGAUGGAGACGCUGAUCCCCCGGAAUGUGCGGAUCAGCACGCCGCUCAAAACGGUCGCUGGAUCGCAAGGUAUGGUUCCACCCGUCAGCCCGAGCGGUAGCGCAAACUGAACCCUGAUAUCCGAUUCAUGGGUGGGGUCAUAUUCUUUUUUCUGUGUUUUUUUCGCAGGCUUCGUAAGCGUCCGCCGCCGCAAACACCGUCGCUCAGACCUCGACUCCUCGCUCGCCGCCACCAGCGUCCUCCAC